AAAGAUGUCAAUUCGAAGUUUUGGGCAACGUACAAGAAAGUUUCGAAUGAGUAUGACAACGACUUCCUCGAGCGGGCGAAUGACGAUAUGGGAAUCAUCCUGACUUUUGCUGGUCUAUUCUCAGCUGUCAAUUCUACCUUCAUCGUCGGAAUGCAACCUAAUCCGGGAGACACUACGAAUGACCUCCUGCUGCACCUGAUCCAGAUCACUGCCAACGGUCCAAAUUCCGUACCUGACAUCAGCACACUUUCCUCGUCCACAGGUUAUUCGUCUUCGACCGUCUGGAUGCAGACGCUCGCCUAUGCCAGCCUCUCGUUCAGCGUCCUGGCCGCGUUCGGGGCUGUCUUAGGAAAACAGUGG